AUGUCCUCCACCUCUCAGACCCCAUCCAAUUGCCCCUUCCUUCUCCUCCCUCUCGAGCUCCGCGACCGCAUCUACACGCAACUUCUCAGCAUAAAGCACACCCGAACACCCAAAGAUGACGAAUCCUGUCUGCGCUCCACCACUUUCUACAACUGGAACCUCCACCCUACUAUUGUCCGCAUCAAUCGCCAGAUCAGCCAAGAAGCCAUGGCGGUCAUGGCGCGCGAGAAUGAAUUCGUGGUCAUUGAGCGCGCGAAAGAGCUGGAGCAGGGACCAGAAGAUGUGAAUAAGGAAGAUACCACGAUAAUGGUGUACAGUGUCGCGCUCUGGCCUGGGAAGGCGACCAAGAAGCCUGUUGUUCCUGGGGAGAGGAUGCGGAUGAAGUUAGAGAGAGCUGAGGACUCAGAGAUGGAUAUGGAUGUACAUGUGAUACUCGCCGAGGAAUUACACGACGUAUGUGUCGGGCUCUCCACAUUCCAAGACCCCAAAGGGAAAUACCGCACGUCAGGCCUUUCUUGCUCCAUCCAAGUUCAUCCACCACCAUACGCCGAAACCCCCACGGCCAUAGACAUUCGAGAACGCGCCCUAGUCGAAGCCCUAACGAAGUUCCGUCAUUUUAAAGACGUUUCUAUCCAAGGGACACGGCCAGCCAUUGACCACCAGAUCUCCCGCCAUCUCACACAUCAUAGCUUCGACCGGGGUCUCGUGCUGGUCACCAUCGACGAACUGAUCACCAGUGGCGACCAGGCCUCCUCAAACGGCGACCAUGGCAUCGCAACAGCCCGCUACCAACGCGCUCACGAAUACUUCCACCACAGCGUAUCUCACGAGCGCCACGUCUUCACGAACCCAGCCGAUGUCUCAGCAUUCGAGUUUAAACUAAUGCAACACCGAGCUCUGAACUGGAUCGAAGCCGGCAACUUCUCCGACGCGCUAGAAGCCGCACAGAUAGCGCUCUACGUCGCGAACCAGCUCUUCCGGCUCAAUGCGCCCAUGAGCACCGGUCCGCCCACCCGUCCUGGCAGUCGCAUCAGCGCUGGAGCUGCCCGGAAACAGACGUGCGAUGGUAUCAAGGAGGGCGCGGCGCGAUACCGACAGCGAAUCAAAGCUGAGGAUAUCGGGCGCUGUUAUUUCUAUAAGAGCAUAUCAGAGCACGUGGUCCAUGGGGAUGGAGCGACGCAGCAGGCGGACGAUGACAAAUUUACUGCGAUUGGGUGCUGUGUGGUAUCCGAAACGAUGACGGAGAAUGUGCCGGAGGAGCUUUUGCAGUUGGAGAUUCGGACGAUGGAGAAGUUGCUGGGGGGAGGUGGGGAGGAAGUGGAAGAAGAGGAGGGGGACGAGGAGGGGUGGGUGGAUGAAGAGUGGGAGGAUGACGAGGGCGAGAAUGAUGAUGAGGAGUAG